UAUUCGCGCGCGCGCGCGCACUUUGCAUUCGACAAUUAUUUCGCGAGGGGAUUGCUCUCUGUGAUCCAUUUUGCUGUGACCCAUUUUAGUGGCUCGGAAAUCCAUUUACUAUUUGACAAAAGGCUUAGCCUCGAGAAUUCUCCACCAAGAGGAUUUCGAGUUCUGUUAAUACGAAGUGGUACGAAGAGAGGAGAUUCCAUGUUGUACGAUGCGAUCAUUUCGACGCAUGAUUUUUCGAUGUCGCGGAUGACCGCAUCCUAAGAUAAUCGAGAUCGAUGCAUAGCAGUUUAGUGUGGCUAGAGAACGACGGCUCACCAGUGGUCACGGCAUUGUGUUGCGUUACGUCGCGUUGCAUCGCGUGCGUCGCGCUGCGCAGAACAGUGCGGUGGACAGCUGACUAAUGUGACGUUCUAGGAACGCCUGUCCUCUCGCGUCCUUGCGUCCUUCCGUACAUCUGUACUCAGUUUGCACCGAGCGAGCCCUACAUAACGGACAUAGACGCGCUGGAUCGGACAAACGUUUUCUAGAAGGCUGUACCGGAGCAGUUGCUCUGUAUUUAGCGAUCAUGGAACAGAUGAUCGCACUAAGUACACAAAAUCCAUUAUCCUUAUUGGUUAAGUUUGGUAUGAUGGCUUGGAAUAACAGCUGUGGGAAUGAUAAUUGUUCCGGUCAUGGAGAGUGCCAUAAUGGGACCUGCUUGUGCGAGAUUCAGUUUGAUGGACCGGAAUGUCAUAUCCCAAAUCUAAGUUAUUAUAUCGCUUUUGCAUCAAUUUUUUUCCUAUUGGCCUUUGUUUGCUUGAUACAGCUCGUAAUGUGCAUCAUUGCCGAGUGGCAACGAAUGAAGGCACCAUCCUUUCUGAGAGCAUGCAGAGUUACUAAUCAAAAAGUAUUAUACUUUGUAGUUUUCCUUGCAUCAGUUAUAAGAGGAGCAUACUUUACUUCACCGACUGCAUUUAAAGAGGGUUGGUCCAGGAGUUUGUUGUCAGCAUAUUAUCCAUUGCUUUUAAGUGGAUCAUCACUGAUUGUUUGUUUCUGGGCUGAAGUGGUUCAUCUAAGAGAUAUUCGUUGGGACAAACCUCAAUUUUUAUCAAAAUCUUUUCUGGCAUUUGUCGUUUUCAACAUAAUAACAUAUUCCCUCCUAUUGGCAGAAUUUAUCACAGCUCAAACCUAUUCACAAGUGGAUCAAAGUUUUUAUACACAUGUAUUCAAUGGCUGUUAUGCAGUGCUUCUCUUCAUUGUAGUAAUCUUUUUCUUGAUAUAUGGAGUAGAAGUAUUUUUCAAAGUUCGCGGUGGAUUCUUAAAUGAAUAUCAAGUGGCUUCUAUCGCGACAAAUAAACGUGUAGCUGAUAAAACAAAAGUUCAUGCUGAAGAUCAAGUGACAGCAAAAUUAUUCGAUCCAGGUCCAUCUACAGCAGAGUCUGUGCAUAUGCAACAAGUGAAUACAUCUCAGUUACAUCAAUCAAGAUUUGGAUUACUCUCUCAAGCAUUCAUGUUGUUUAUAGUAGUUGGUUUUUUGUUUAGCGAGACUCUCAGUGAAUUUUGGAAAACAAAGGUACCAUUAUAUAGCAGGAAUUGGCAUGACAUUGUAUUUCGUGUUAUUGAAGUUGGUGUAGCAUUAUGGUUUCCCUGUGUUUUGUGGAAUUGUAUGAGUCCAGAACAAUUAUGGAUACUGAAUCCAAAGCGUAUAUUGAAGAGAUUGGAUCUUGACCAAGGGAAACAUAUAAAAGAAAUUGAGCUACAAGAAAAGGGCGUAUCCUCAGAUACUGCGUUUCUUUCUGCGGAUGCAGCAUCGAUUAAUAGCAAAGAUUGUUGGAUUUGUUAUGAUAGCGAAAGACAAGAUGCUGGUCCGUUGAUACAACCAUGCCAUUGUAGGGGUGAUGUAAGUGCUGUACAUCACGAUUGUUUGCGUCGUUGGCUCGUUGAGAGUUCUGUAAAUGCUGACAGUCUCGUUUGCAAAGUUUGCAAUACGAAGUACAAUGUUGAACAUGCCAGCCGAUUGGAUUGGCAAAAUAGUUUGACGCCACGCCACUGUCUACAAACUAUCGCAAUUGUUACUACAAUGUGUGCAUCUUCUGCGGCUGCCUGGAUAGUUAUUCAACUUGUAGAAGGACCCAUUAUUAGAAUGCUUGCAGCCGGAACUGCAUUACUGAUUAUGUAUGUCUGUAUAAGAUUUUUGAGCUUGAAUACCGUAGUAGCAUAUCAACGAGCCAAAAUUUCAUCAUUAAAUAUUGUUAACGGUGGUAGUGAAAGUAGCGGAACUGCGAAUGUUGCGACAAUUAGUCAUACGAUUUCUGUGGACUUGACGAAAUCGGACACGAUAUAAGUACUUGCCAUUGCGCACUUAUAAUCGCAAGCGUAUCUUCCUACUUGAAAUAAAAACAUUCAAGAUAGGAAAAAUAGAAAAUAAUAGAAGAUAUAUAGAUGUGUACGCUUUUUAAGCGUAUGUAACGAUUAUGUACAAAGCGACAAUUACGAUUCAGUAUGUUUCCACUCGGAAUUUUUAUAAACUUGAAAAAUAUUAAAAUCUUAUAAAACGCGGCUGAAAAAACUGAGAAGAGACAUACUGCAAAUUAAUUUCUACAAUUUCAUUGUAGAUCUAAAACAGUUGCCAAACUUUCAUAUUUUAUUUCUCCUGAUUAGUUCAUUAUGACAUCAUUUGUUCAUUACAUCAUAUAACAUACAUAUGUAUAUAAUUUAGAUAUAUUUUCAAGAUAUCACGAAAGCUGAACGAAGUAUUAAUAAGAUAUUAAUGCAUCAUAUUCGUAUGCAAGUAGUAAAAAAUUUGAACAUGUCAACUUAUUUCAAAAUUAUACUGAAAACUUAGUUAUAAAAGUAUAUACCAUACCAUAUAAGUAAUACCAUAAGCAAUUGAUAUAUUUAAAAAAAUCGGUUUUGAAAAUAUAAGUAAGAUAUAAUUUCA